CAAUCUGGCAAUGCCGAGCUUCCCGCGAAAACGGCAAUGCCGAAAUGAGGAUGACAAAGUUUGUUUCGAAGACAGAGCUCUAGAGUGCGUCUCCACUAACGAAGAUCCCUUUGUUGACAAUGGAAGGUCGGUUUGGACGAAUCAUUCUCCAACAAGUGGAUAGGGUUUUGCUGGAGGAACCUAGCCGGGAUGCCCUACUGUCCUUGCUGAAGAUAGCAGACCCUGCCUUGGAGAGUGAAGAACUUCCUGAUGAAAGAAAACGCAAGAGUGCAUUUCGCCAACUGCAACUCUUAAUCCAUCCUGACAAGCACAAUGGUGAUGGCCAAGCCACAAAGCGAUUCCAGGAUGCCAAAUCUUUCUUCGACAUGUGCAUUACAGUGCUUCACAAGCGCAGGUGCACCCAGAUUCCCACACCUUCAGUGAAUCUGCCUUCUGAAUUCCAUGUCUGUGAAGAAUGGCCCUUCUUGGCCAACGGUGCCCUCGGGCCCAUCAGGAAUCCAACAGUACCCCCAAAUACAGCACUGGAUGAAAGAACCCUUGAAUUGACUAUUGCCUUUAAUUGCAUAAAUUGCCGCGGUGCCAUUGCCCAUGGAAAGAGAACAGAACUAUUCUACAAUGAUGAAGACGUCACUGAGGCUUCUGUUCAAACGGCAAAGGACCUGUUUGAAGAAGAUUUUGAUUCUGCCGUGGAUCUUGAGUCUAUUGAUGAAAUCAAAGAGGCGAUCAUGGAACGUGGGCCUGUGGUUUCAACUUCCUUCCGUCUUACUCAGUCUUUCCUCAAUGCCGGUGACCAUGCACAUGAAUUUGAGGCAGGGCUUGUCAACUCAAAUCACGCCAUCUUAAUUGUAGGCUGGAAGCAGACUGCCUUUGGAGAAAUGUGGUUGGUCCGAUCCUACAAGGGGUCACAGGAUAUUCCAAUUGCCAUGGGGCAGUUCUCAUUGGAAGAGGAGGUGCUAGAACCAGAUGCUCCCAUGUCCAUCUUCCCAUGGCAAGACGAGGAGAAAUGUUUUGACCACGACAAUCUUCCAGAUAUCUGGUACUCUCAGUCCGCUAUCUGGAUGCCCUGCAAAGAGGACCAACUUCAGAAUCUUUUUAAGGCCUUGGGUUGCUCCGUGCACACUGCUCUCCGCAAAAAAAUUGAGUUUGUCAUUCGCGAGGAAGAUGUCCCAGCACGGAGUCGGUAUGCUUAUCUAACUGAUUUGGAGUGGGUUCAGGAAGAAAAGGAAUGGCUAGCACACGCAACAUUUUGUGAUGAAUUUUGGACAAAGUGAUUGAGCUUGGUGGCAGAAGCAGUCCAAAUUGAAACUAGUGGAACAAGUAUCUUGGCAACCGCAGCCCUCGUGGCGAAUUGGAAUGUGCAUGCACUAUAUUAUGUUUCUUGAUGACGUUUGUGUGUGGCGUAACUGAAGCGCUCUGGUGGUGUUUUCGGGUUACUGCAAGACUUUCCCUAACGCUAUAGCAUUGAUGCUUCAAUUCGUAUUCUUACUUGAAAAAGGUGUGCUUAGCUCAUAGAGUAAUGGACUAGCUAGCUAUGGUGGGUGUUGGGUUCGUCGUACAGGUACCGGUACUUAGUAACAACUUCGGUGAAAUGAGUUAUUGUCGACAAUCUAGC